ACAUGAUGACAUCUCCAAGGUUUGUGUUCUAUCUGACAUGUCUGAUCGUGGGGAAAAUAGCUGCUGGAAAGUCCACUUCGUUUGAUCAUGAAGAGAACAGUUUUGUAUCAGCUAAUGUCGGUGAAAGCUUGACUUUACCAUGUUUCUAUGAUGGUGAUGAUUCAACAAGGAUUUUCUGGUACAAGCAAAGUCUUGGACGGAAACCACGUCUCAUCUCUACCCUAUAUGCGUUCAAUAAGAAUGGCACUUUUCAUGAUGAAUUCAAGAACAAUCCACGCUUCACAUUGGAUACUGACAUUGGAAGAAAUCACUUGAAGAUAACAGAUCUGUGCACUUCAGACUCGGCUACUUACUACUGUGCAAAAAGGGUUUUAUUAACUAUUGAAUUUGCAGCAGGUACUACUGUCAGUGUGAAGGGUUCAGGUUUGAACGUCCAAGCUUUGGUCCAUCAGUCAGUGUCUGAGACCAUCCAGCCAGGAGGCUCUGUGACUCUGAACUGUACAGUACACACUGGGAGCUGUGAUGAUGGAGAACACAGUGUUUAUUGGUUCCAAAACUCUGAAGAGUCUCAUCCAGGACUCAUUUACAGCCAUGGAGGCAGGAAUGAUCAGUGUGAGAGGAAACCUGACACACAAACACACACCUGUGUCUACAACCUGCCGAUGAAGAGCCUGAAUCUUUCUCAUGCUGGGACCUACUACUGUGCUGUUGCUUCAUGUGGACACAUACUGUUUGGAGAGGGGACCAAGCUGGACUUUGAGGAUUCUCUUGUCUUGGUGUAUAUCUUGAGCGGAGCUUUGGCAUUCACCAUGAUCCUGGUUGUGUUACUGGCUUUCUCAGUGUACAAGAUGAACAAGAGAAACAGCUGCCACUUCACAGAGUCUCAAGCAAGAUUUUCAGCUCCCUCCACAGCAAAUGCAGAGGGUUACCAAGAUGCAGAAAACCUCCAUUAUGCUGCUUUAAGCGUCAACCUGCCCAACAGAUCAAGAAGACAGAGGAACAACACCAAGAAUGAGUGUGUGUACUCCAGUGUAAAGCAGUAGAUCCUGACAUGUUACAUGAAUAUUUUGUGAGUAAGAUGGCAAAUUUGAUGAAUCUCUCUGAACAUAUAUUAUACAUUUAGAUGUAGAGCUAAAGGUCUGUUUAGAUAUUUCUUGUGGCCUUAACAUGAAUAUACAGCAUCUCCAAUGUGCUGUCUGAGCAGGUGAUGACUCUUAAAGUGAAAUUCAUUUUUAUGGACAUGGACCGUUAGCUGUUCCAAUGAUCUAUGCAAUAAGUAUCAACCCCCACGGGGUCAUCCCUAUUGUUCCCCGGGUCCUAUGUUUCCCCCUAUGUUCUGACAUACAUAAAAUCACGUAAAACCGAUAGCCAAUUACAACCUAGAAUAACGUAGUAUUUGGAAAUGCGCGUCACAUGGGCUAUAUCUUAUUAUGCAACAUUAAACUACGCGGGAAAAUGCUGAAUUAAAUCAAGGAAGGCCCGCAUCGGCUAUCUGUCGCGGAAUUCAGCAAUUAUAGUGGAGAAAAUAAGCCCUUUCUAAAUAUAUGUGACUCUUGGGGAGUGUUGCCUGCGCCUUUGGGCAUUGAAUCGAGCAAUCACAUGAGGUAAGCGCGUUUUUCUUUCGCAUUUUAAGGGGAACAUCAGACCCGGGGAACAUAGGUCCCUUUUUCGGAAAAAGAUGCAUGUAAAAAUGUUCCCUGGUCCCUGUAUUAUGGGGGAACAUAGGACCCAGGGAACAUCAACCACUAUCAAAUUUUAUCUGAAGCUGUUGCUCAUCACAGCCACAUGUCUAUCUGUAUUGUAAUUAAAAAUGUGAUACUUUGGCCAUACUUUAAAAAAAAAAGGACGACAUGAUCAGCUGUUGCCCUGGUUACCCAGAAUUUGUGGAAGAAGCCACUGGAAGAGGACGAUGGGAGAGGAUGGUACUGAGAAUUAUUUGAAGAGAGACUGUGCACAUAAGAAAAGAGGUUUCUGGGGAUAUUUUGGGUAACACUUCAUAAGUCAGCCCGCGUUUUAGAGUGUACCUCUCGCCCACUUUCCCAGGAGUUAGCGUAUAACUCCUGGGAACUUACAUGUACUUUC